CUACGAUACCCCCUCCUCUCCUCCUUUUUCCUCUCCACCAUCUUCCCUUAUCAACUCAAGACCCAUAAAGUUCAAGACUCAAGACUCAUAAAGCUCCUCUCAUAUUCAUCAUAACCUAAAACCAAAACCUCAAAGAGUUAAUAAAACCUAAAUUAUAGAUCAGAUCUUGAUAUCAUGGAUCCUAUCCACGGCUUUAUGAGCACAUCAAACAUCUCACACAACACAAACCUUAUGAUCGCCGCCGCAGCAGCCACCACUACCACUACCUCCUCCUCCUCGUCUUCCUCUGGCGGCUCCGCGACGAACCAACUGAGUAGGUACGAGAAUCAGAAGAGAAGAGACUGGAACACUUUCGGACAAUAUCUACGCAACCACCGUCCACCACUUUCUCUCUCCCGUUGCAGUGGUGCUCAUGUUCUUGAGUUCCUCAGGUACCUCGACCAAUUCGGCAAGACCAAGGUUCACAUGCAAAUAUGUCCUUUCUUUGGACACCCAAACCCACCAGCACCAUGUACCUGCCCACUCAGACAAGCGUGGGGCAGCCUCGACGCACUCAUUGGCCGGCUUCGAGCUGCUUUUGAAGAGAACGGUGGUUCACCAGAGACGAACCCUUUUGGUGCACGAGCUGUUCGACUCUACCUAAGGGAAGUUCGUGAUUCGCAGGCUAAAGCGCGUGGGAUCAGCUAUGAAAAGAAGAAGCGGAAGCGACCUCCUCAGGCGCCACUACCACCGCCUCAUCAGCCGGUGAUUUCGAAUAGUCCUAAUUUGCAAUAAGUCAUAUCAGUAAGAUAUGUUUCAGUCAACUACGUUUCCUUACAACUUUAUAUAGUAUUUGUCAAUGACGAACAUGCAGGAGUUGUCUAAAAAGCUGCAUGCCCUUCUUCUUUAUUUGGCCAGCUAAGAAUUUUAUAUUUGUAUUGAAUAAUUACGUACUUUUUCAUUCAGUCUCGCAUAAAUGUGUAUUAGUAUUAUUA